GUCUGGACGUUCCAUACCUGCAUGCACCUACUCAGGUACCGGCUAGCACUACAUACACAUGGCAUAAAUCGUGAGAGAACGAACAGUUGAGUUCAUUGCCUAGGUCCUCGGUGCUUGCCCCCGAACCCCUCAUCAAGCUUCUUAGGACGCCAUUUGAGCAUGUUGUCCGUCAUGCGUCUUAACGCCGUCAAAGAUGAGCGAACAGAUUCAACGACCAACUAGAUCACUAAAGGGCCGCGUAGCCAUCGUUACCGGAGCCGGAGCGCUCGAAGAUGGCAUUGGCAACGGCAGAGCUUCAGCCAUCCUGCUGGCCGAAGCGGGCUGCGACGUCGUUUGUGUCGACAUGAAGAUUGAGCUCGCAGAACGGACCGUCGAGAUGAUCCACCAGGACGGUCAGGGUCGAGCAAUCGCCUUCAAAGCGGACGUUACAAACGAGAACGACUGCAAACUUGCCGUUGAAGUUGCAUUGAAGCGUUUCGGCAGGCUUGACAUUUUGGUUAAUGUUGUUGGUGUUGGUGGCGCGACAGGUACGGCAAAGGAAGUUGAUAUGAUGGAAUGGGCGAAGGGGAUGGAGAUCAACGUUGCGAGUAUGGUUAUGAUGUGCAAGUACGCCAUUCCCGAGAUGGAGAAGAACGAAGGGCAGUGGCGCGGCAGCAUCGUCAACCUGGCUUCUGUCGCGGGCUUACGAGGCGGCAAUCCCCACCUCCUCUAUCCGACGAGUAAAGGUGCUAUAGUAAACAUGACCAGAGCAAUGGCCGCGCAUCACGCUCCGCAAGGCAUUCGUGUAAACUGCGUAUGUCCUGGCAUGGUCUACACGCCGAUGAUGUACGGGGCCGGGAUGACGGAGGAAGCUCGCGAGGCGCGCAAGAAUCGGAGCUUGCUGAAGACAGAGGGCAAUGGGUGGGAUGUAGGCGCUGCGGUGCGUUUCUUGGCCGGAGACGAGGCGAGGUGGAUGACGGGUGUGGUCUUGCCAGUCGAUGCUGGUGCGACAGUCGCAGCUGGAAGCGAAUUGCCCAAGUCAGCGAGCAUUAACCCGCCGAAAAGCUAA